AUGGUAAUGCACCAGGAAGCAGAAUACGGUGGGCAUGAUCAGAUAGAUUUGUAUGAUGAUGUCAUCUCUCCAUCGGCAAAUAAUGGAGAUGCCCCAGAAGAUCGUGAUUACAUGGAUACCCUCCCACCAACAGUUGGUGAUGAUGUGGGCAAAGGAGCAGCUCCAAAUGUCGUCUAUACUUAUACCGGAAAGAGAAUUGCGUUAUAUAUUGGAAAUCUAACAUGGUGGACAACCGAUGAAGACUUAACGGAAGCAGUUCAUUCUUUGGGAGUAAAUGAUAUCUUGGAGAUAAAAUUUUUUGAAAAUCGAGCAAAUGGCCAGUCAAAGGGAUUUGCCCUUGUUGGUGUUGGGUCUGAAGCAUCUUCAAAAAAGUUAAUGGAUCUGUUACCUAAAAGAGAACUUCAUGGUCAGAAUCCUGUUGUAACUCCAUGCAAUAAACAGUUCCUGAGUCAAUUUGAAAUGCAGUCCAGGAAAACUACACAAUCAGGACAAAUGUCUGGGGAAGGUAAAGCUGGUCCUCCAGGAGGCAGUUCACGUGCAGCAUUUCCACAAGGUGGUAGAGGACGGGGCCGUUUUCCAGGGGCUGUUCCUGGUGGGGACAGAUUUCCUGGGCCAGCAGGACCAGGAGGGCCACCCCCACCUUUUCCAGGAAAUUUGAUCAAGCAUCUUGUUAAAGGAACUCGGCCUUUGUUCCUGGAAACUAGGAUUCCAUGGCAUAUGGGGCACAGCAUAGAGGAAAUACCCAUUUUUGGCCUAAAAGCUGGACAAACUCCACCACGGCCACCCUUAGGUCCACCAGGCCCUCCUGGCCCUCCAGGUCCUCCACCUCCUGGUCAGGUUCUGCCGCCUCCUCUAGCUGGGCCUCCUAAUCGAGGAGAUCGCCCUCCACCACCAGUUCUUUUUCCUGGACAACCUUUCGGGCAGCCUCCGCUGGGUCCACUUCCUCCUGGGCCUCCACCUCCAGUUCCAGGCUACGGCCCUCCUCCUGGUCCUCCACCUCCACAGCAGGGACCACCUCCACCUCCUGGUCCUUUCCCACCUCGCCCCCCUGGUCCACUUGGGCCACCCCUUACACUUGCUCCCCCUCCGCAUCUUCCGGGACCACCUCCAGGUGCCCCACCACCAGCUCCACAUGUGAAUCCGGCAUUUUUUCCUCCACCAACUAAUAGUGGCAUGCCUACAUCAGAUAGCCGAGGUCCACCGCCAACAGAUCCAUAUGGUCGACCUCCACCAUAUGACAGGGGUGAUUAUGGGCCCCCUGGAAGGGAAAUGGAUACUGCAAGAACACCAUUGAGUGAAGCUGAGUUUGAAGAAAUCAUGAAUAGAAAUAGGGCAAUCUCAAGCAGUGCUAUUUCAAGAGCUGUUUCUGAUGCCAGUGCUGGUGACUAUGGGAGUGCUAUUGAGACAUUGGUAACAGCAAUUUCUUUAAUUAAACAAUCCAAAGUAUCUGCUGAUGAUCGUUGCAAAGUUCUUAUCAGCUCUUUGCAAGAUUGCCUUCAUGGAAUUGAAUCCAAGUCAUAUGGAUCUGGAUCAAGAAGACGUGAACGAUCAAGAGAAAGGGACCAUAGUAGAUCACGAGAAAAGAGUCGGCGUCAUAAAUCCCGUAGUAGAGAUCGCCAUGAUGAUUAUUAUAGAGAGAGAAGCAGAGAACGAGAGAGACACCGAGAUCGUGACCGAGAUCGUGACCGAGAACGGGACCGAGAGCGAGAGUAUCGUCAUCGUUAGAAGCUGAAGGAAGAGGAACACCUUCCAAGACAAAACAGUCUUCAUGGGAGAAAAGUGACGCUUGUCCAGCAGUUUGCUUCUUGUGAUUGAACUGAACCUGUAAGGAUUCAUGGAUAAACUGAACAGGAAUAGAUCUGAAUAAAGCAAAUCUGCAUAAAUGGUAACCAGUAGCUCUACUUUAUUUUUUAUGUUGCUUAACUGUUUUAUUUGAAGGAAACCUGUGUGAUUUAAAAAGUUAAUAGCUUUUGCAACUUUAUUACUGGUUAUAUACAUUUGGCCAUUAUAAUGUGCAAGCAAUUGGAAAAAGUCAAGUAUAUGCUUGUUUUUAUAGUAGUUGUUUGUUGUUAAAAAUGUUCAUAUGAUAAUGUCUGUAAACAGCACCACUUUGAUUACAAUAGAUGUAGUGUUGUAAUAAACUGUUUAAUGGGGCUGAUGUGUAAAGCUGUUCAAGUUAUUUGAUGUUUACACCUCAGGGAAAGUCUUGUGUUCAGCAAUAUCUAAAGAUAAUGUUACUAUGACAACAUUUUUACUGUCCUUUAAAAAAGCAUUGCAAUAGCAUUUUUUGGAUAUGCAUCGACUAAUCUUGCGUUCAGUGAAUUAAACAUAACUAAUUAAGUGUC